UUGCAGGUGUUGGAAGAAUACGUUGUGAAGCAAUAUUGUAUCCAAUGGGGAAUAUUCUGCCAUGGGGUGCAGUUUCGAUCCAUCAGCGAAUGAUCGACGAGAAUGAGAUUAAGCGACAACGUCAUAUUAAAGAUAUCCGUGUAAGAGUUAAUACCAAUGAUCCAGAUAUUCUGCAGCAAAGGAUGCACAUUCUUUCAUUGAAUUUCUUCGAAUUGCGAGGUAAACCGCACUUAUUUUAAUUGUUAUUUUUACUGUAAAGUUUGGUCAGAUAUUAACUGAUUGUUUCAGUAUAUCUCAUACGCAUAUGUGUUUACCAUACUGGCUUAUGAUGUAGUGAGUACUAAAUCAUUCUCAUUAUUUUGAUGUAUUAAAGGCUUUUGUCUGGAAAGCUGAAAUGGUUCAGCGAGAACUUCAAACAGUUUUCCAAUGGAGUUUUUGGGUGAAUCAUUAAGGUUCCGAAUAUUAUUUCGCUUUGAGGGAUGUUUGUGUGUCAAGUUCUUUUCUGAUAUUACCCAACUUUUAAAAUGUAUUUCCAGCUGCUGUGAUUGCGGUUAUUCAGUUGGAAGUUCCAGAAAAUGACACAUGACUUUGUUACUUUUCGUUUUUUAAGAUGAAUUGCAAAACGAUUCUGUAACUGCCGUGGAUGUAUUAAACGCUUUUGUCUGGAAGGCUGAAAUGGUUCAGAGAGAACUUAAUUGUAUUAUUGAUUUUCUGGACGAAUCUUUCGAGCAGGCCAAAAAUUUGGAUGCAGAAUGGAAUAACGUUUCUGGGAAACCUCCGCUUUUUGGUAUGCCAUUCAGCGUGAAAGGGAAUUUUCAUGUGAGUAUAAUGUCUAUAUGCUAUUCUCUAAUAUGAUUAAAUGUAUGUAGACAUUCUUCACCUUUUCAGAUGAAAGGUUAUGAUUGCACUAUUGGACUUGCAAAGUUUUUGCAAAAUCCAAUGGAAAAUGAUUGCACACUGGUCACUUUUUUGCGAUCACAAGGUGCGAUACCAUUUGUUAUGACAACCAUCCCACAAGGGUUGUUGAGUUUUAGUUGUUGUAGCAGUUUGUACGGAAUAACUUCGAAUCCACACUCGCAUUCCAGAACACCAGGUGGCUCAUCCGGAGGAGAAUGUGCACUGUUUACUGCUGGCGGAAGUACAUUUGGAAUUGGAAGUGAUUUAGCUGGUAGCUUGAGAAUUCCAGCAAGUUUUUGCGGUGUUACCACUUUGAAACUAACAGAAGGACGUUUAAAGAUGAAAUAUACGCUGAACACGUGUAUUGGUAAGAAUCGUUUAUCAGUGGGUUACGGUUUCUUUACCAAAACUAUCGAUGAACAAGUUUUCUUACUUAAAAUCCUGCUAAGAUCAGCAGAAUACCAUGAAAUGGUUCCACAUCAGCCACUUUUUCCGCUAGAUGAAAACAAGCUUGCUAUUGCAAGCAGUCGAUGUCUUCGUAUUGGUUAUUUUGUUGAGGAUGGUUUUAUGAGGCCUGUUCCAGCAUGCUCGAGAGUUGUUGUGCAAACAGCUGAAAAAUUGAAAGCACUUGGGCACGAAUUGGUGUUGUUUCAUUUGCCUGAUCCGGAACAAGCUGCUUCACUAUUUUAUCGUGGCAUUAUGCCAUAUGGUAGAGAACAGUUACUACAGUUAUAUGCAAAUGAAGUAAUCCACCCAUUCUUUCGUGCUUUCAUCUUCCUUCUUAAGUUACCGCUUCCUGUGUGCGGUAUUAUUAGUUACAUUCUGUCAUUCUUCAGUACACCACUUUCGAUAGUCGCCGGUUCAUACGUUAAAAACCUUCGAGAUCUUCAAAUAACACAAGAUUUGACUGAUCAGUACAUAGAAAAGUUCAUAGAGCAGUGGAAAGCAUUCGAGCUGGAUGCACUUAUAUGUCCAGCAUUUGCAGUCCCGCCUGUACCGCAUGCUUAUCCAAGCCGUCUUGGAACUUGUGCUUUUGCGACCGGUUUGUUCAACUUGUUGGAUUUUCCAGCUGGGGUUGUGCCUACAGGAACAGUAAACUCAGAUGAUGAUAGAUUACUAGCCGAUGAAGCUUCCUGGCACACAGGCAAGGACUUAGCGCUAAAAAUGCUAAGAAGUGCAGCUUGUGAUUCAGCAGGUUUACCUCUAGCCGUGCAAGUAGCUGCUUUACCGCUGGAGGAAGAAAAAUGUUUGUCGGUAAUGAAAGAGAUCGAAAAAGUAUGGAAAAAUUAG